UGUUUAAGUUUGUUAAGAGUUUUUUUUAACACUUCGCUUGGUGCUGUUUGAAUGUGAAACAUUUAAUGAAUAUGCAUUGCAAAGUCCUAAAAAGUGAACUCCUUAAAGUUGAUGAAAGUAUAGGAAGUGGAAACCCUAGGAAAACAAAGAAACAGGAAAAUCUCAAAAGGAAAUCAACUGCGUCACUAUUCUGAGAGGUCCUGAACAACUUGCAUCGACUGUGUAAAGAUUAAAACUCUAAUCGGCCAACUCAAAUGAAAAAAAUAUACUUAAUAGUGUGCAUAUUCACAUUGCUGGGCCAGGGAUAUCAGCAAUGUCCAAAAGAAUGCCAUGUAAACGCUGAAUGUAAAUUCGUAAAAGAAAUUAAAGCUUGCUAUUGCUCAAAUGGAUAUACCGGAGAUGGUAUUAACUUCUGUGAAGAUGAUAACGAGUGUCAAAAUGCUACAUAUAUCUGCGGAGACAACGCCAACUGCACAAAUACAAAUGGAAGCUAUUACUGCAUGUGUUCACCUGGUUUUAAAUCAAGUGGUUUGGAAAAGUUUGUUACCAAUGAUGGAACCUACUGUAUAGAUGUAGAUGAAUGUAAUGAAAACAAAAUUAUAGGCUGUGGUGAUCAUGCUAAGUGUGAAAACACGGUUGGAAGACACAGUUGUUCCUGCAAUGAAGGUUAUCAACCGUCCUCAGGAAGAUUACAGUUUCAAAUCGGUGAUGGUACUUUUUGUCAAGAAACCAUAAAAUUAAAGUGCCAUUUGGACAAUAACUGUAUUUCUGCAAACACCAAUCAAACAAUAAACAGGAUCCAUAUGAUUAAAGACCCUAUGGAUAUCCUGAAAGAAAUUCGGAAAAGCACCACAAGAGAGGUCUUGCCUGUAGAUAUGAUUUCAUACGUUGAAGUGCUUGCUAUAUCUUAUCCUUUACUAAGUAUAAUGAAUAACACAGCACCGAACAAAGACGCUCUAAUGAAUACCACCAUUACAACGUUUGUUAACACAAUGAACAAUUUUGUUGAAAAGGAUAAAAUUGCAGUUUGGGAAGAGCUCUCAGAAGAUAAUAGAAAAAAAAGUAUCACAAAACUCUUACACACAGCAGAGCAAGUGGCUCUAGACAUGUCACAGAACUUCAAAAAAACAAUGCAGCUUGAUGUCAAUGCAAGUGACAUUGCUCUUAAAUUGUUCACCUUUGACUCAAACCACAAGAAACACACUCACCCUCAUGCACUUAUGGAAGGAGAUUUUAUAAAGAUUUCUCCAAGGAAAAGUGAAGCAUUUCUUUCUAAUGGAACAGUAGCUAUAGUGUUCGUUAGGUAUGAAAACAUUGGUGUUUUGCUCUCUGGAAGUAAUGAUGUAGCAGAAGAUAAUUUAUCGGAAAUAGUAAAUUCACCUGUUUUUGCUGCAGCUAUCAACUCAAAUCCACCAACCCUCUACCAGCUUGAGAAAGUAACUUUUACUUUAAAACAUUUGAAGGCCUUGUCAACUACUGAUAAAACAACUUGUGCAUUUUGGAGCUAUUUACCAGAAACAAUGAACGGUGAAUGGUCAACUGAAGGCUGUGAAAUAGUCUAUACCAAUGUCACUCAUACAUCAUGUAAAUGUAACCAUCUCACACACUUUGCUAUCCUGAUGUCAUCAACAAGCCACCGUUCUAUUGCAGCUCAUUCCAAUAUUCUGACAAAAAUUACCCAAUUUGGAAUAAUCAUUUCACUGAUCUGUCUAUCCUUGUGCAUAUUUACGUUCUUUUUCUUCAGUGAAAUUCAGAGCACCAGGACAACAAUUCACAAAAACCUCUGCUGUUCACUAUUUUUAGCUGAGCUCCUAUUUAUAAUCGGAAUAAAUAUGACCAAGGAUAAGCUCCUCUGUGCUGUCAUCGCUGGGUUGUUACAUUAUUUUUUUCUGGCCGCCUUCGCUUGGAUGUGCAUUGAGGGAAUUCAUCUCUAUCUCAUUGUUGUUGGCGUUAUUUACAAUAGAGGCUUUUUGCACAAGAAUUUUUACAUAUUUGGAUACUGCAGUCCAGCUAUAGUUGUUGGGAUUUCUGCAGUUUUAGGAUAUAAAUACUAUGGAACAGAUAAAGUAUGUUGGCUGAGCACAGAAAAUAACUUCAUAUGGAGUUUUAUUGGACCAGCAUGCCUGAUCAUUCUUGUUAAUUUAAUGGCGUUUGGUGUUAUAAUCUAUAAAGUAUUUCGACAUACUACAAUGCUAAAGCCAGAUGUCAAUUAUUAUGAACAUAUAAGAUCAUGUGCACGAGGUGCGCUAGCUCUUCUAUUUCUCCUUGGAGCCACCUGGAUGUUUGGAGUUCUUCACGUAGUUAAUGGAUCUGUGGUUACUGCCUAUCUCUUCACUAUUUCCAAUGCAUUUCAAGGGAUGUUUAUCUUCAUAUUUCUUUGUGUCUUAUCUAAAAAAAUACAGGAAGAAUACUUCAGAUUAUUCAAAAAUGUGCCAUGUUGUUUUACCUGCCUGAGAAACUGAAGAAAUGUUAAAACAUUCUACAAAACCGAUGAAUGGAAACAUUGUUACCGUUACAGUAGAAUAACGUCAUCAACAUAUAGCUGAGAUUAAAUUGUACUGUAUUUUGAAUGAGAUGUUUGCCAAAUUAAUAAAAAAUGAAACAGUUUGCACCAUA